AUUUACAGUCUUUUUCAUCGUUUUGCCACCUUCCUAAAAACGAUCUCAUAACCAAAGCCUGAAAAAGAAAAAGAACCAAACUUUGAUUGUAAAAAUCCGAUCUCUCUCCUCUCUUUCCUUCUCUCUCCCAAGUCCCAUCUUGCAGUGCAGAGGGAAGAAGGGAGCAGAGGGAUUGUGAAAGAAGAGAGAAGGGACACAUUUUCUUGCAAAGAUAAUUCCAAUCCGACAUUCCUUGACCACGGCCCCCCCGAAAAAAAAAGAGGAAAAAUCAAAUCUUUUUCCUCGAAUUAUCAGUUUUGUGAAGCUUAUUUCUCGCCCCCCAUUUUCUGGGGUGGAAAAUGGGGACUGUUGAAGGUGGAGAGGAGGUGGUGAGAGGCAGUGAGGAGAGGAUUAACGUGUCGGUGCGUUUGAGGCCGUUGAAUGGGAAGGAGAUCUUCAGGCAUGAUGUUGCAGAUUGGGACUGCAUCAAUGAUAACACUGUUAUUUAUAAGAAUGUUAAUGUCUCUGCUUCGGAUAGGUCCAUGUAUCCUACUGCUUACACAUUUGAUAGGGUGUUUAGGCCCGAUUGCUCGACAAGGGAAGUGUACGAAAGAGCAGCCAAAAAUGUCGCAAUUUCAGUUGUUAGUGGAAUGAAUUCAAGUGUUUUUGCAUACGGCCAAACGAGCAGUGGGAAGACAUUCACAAUGACUGGAGUGACCGAGUAUGCAAUAGCUGACAUAUAUGAGUACAUACAGAAGCAUCCAGAAAGAGAUUUCGUGUUGAAGUUCUCUGCUUUGGAAAUCUAUAAUGAAUCUGUGAGAGACCUCCUCAGUGUAGAUAGCACUCCUCUUAGGCUCUUGGAUGAUCCAGAGAGAGGGACGGUGGUCGAGAAGCUCACAGAGGAAACUAUAAGGGACUGGGAUCAUGUGAUUCAGCUGCUUUCUGUUUGUGAAGCUGAAAGACAAAUUGGAGAGACAUCCCUUAAUGAAGUCAGCUCCAGAUCUCACCAGAUUAUUAGACUGACAGUGGAAAGCUCUCCCCGUGAUUUUAUAGGCAGGGACAAUGCUAGCGCACUUGCAGCUGCUGUGAAUUUUGUCGAUCUUGCUGGAAGUGAACGAGCAUCACAAGCUAAUUCAGCUGGGACGAGAUUAAAAGAAGGCUGCCACAUAAAUCGCAGUUUGCUGACAUUAGGAACUGUCAUUCGCAAGCUAAGCAAGGGUCGAGGCGGACACAUUCCUUACAGAGAUUCUAAACUGACACGAAUCCUGCAAACAUCGUUGGGGGGGAAUGCUAGAACGGCCAUCAUUUGCACAAUGAGCCCUGCACGCAGUCAUGUUGAGCAAUCAAGAAACACUCUUCUGUUUGCUAGCUGUGCAAAGGAAGUGACCACCAAUGCCAAAGUUAACGUGGUCAUGUCUGACAAAGCUUUGGUCAAGUAUUUGCAACGAGAGCUAACGAGACUAGAGAGUGAGCUGAGAAAUUAUCAAUCUACUGUCUCCACGCCAAACUAUCCUGCGAUGCUGAGAGAGAAAGAUCUUCAAAUCACUAAGCUCGAGGAGAAGAUAAACGAUCUUACUCUUCAAAGAGAUGUCGCUCAAUCACAUGUCAAAGAUUUGCUAGAAAUCAUUGGAAAUGAAGCAUCCUUGACACGGGUCGGAUCAGGACACUACCCUCACUUGCGAGUCCAAAGAUCACCAGACAGUACGAUAGCAGAAGAGGAGACACGGACACCUCACUCCUUGGGAACAUGUUCCGGUGGACACAGCAGAACGAGUUCAGACGAUCAGAUAGUGAAAGUCCCGUAUUUUGAUGAUGACUUUGUGCCUAGUAAUUCACCACCGAGGAUCUUAGCUUCAAACUCCAGCGACAGUUACUCCAAUCACGAUUGGGAGGAGAUAGAGAAGGAGAGUAGUGGGGCAUCGGAGGAUAUAUGCAGGGAAGUCCGUUGCAUCGAAGCAGAAGAGUUUAGUAACAAAGUGGCUACAAACUGCGAUUCCGUAUGUUCAGAAGAGAACACCGAAUUCCCUCAUGUGGAAGUAUAUGUAAAUGGACAUGCGCAGACCAUGGAAACACCGUCAACUCCUUUUGAAAACAAUCAAGUGAUCAAGUCUUCUCCGAUGGAGAAUGAUUGUGCAAUGGAGGAAGAAGAGAAGGAACACGAAGAGAAGGACUCAUCGUCUCCUCCAUCCAAGGAACAGAGAGAAGUUAGCUCAAUUCACUCACCAGAAUUCCCAUCUCACGUUACACAACUGAAUCAAGAUUCACCCCUAGCCAGCUUCUUCAAAUUGACUAAGAGCAGAAGCUGCAGAGCAAGGAUUGCUGACUCGAAUUCACCUUGGCACAAGAUGAUGGAUUUUAGUGAGAUCACGUCGUCGUUUGGAUCAGAACGAGGAUACGUAGAUUUUGAAAAGAAAUUUUCCCCAUGGAGCUUUAGUCCCUUUGUUCGAGAUUUAUCAAGGAAGGAUUCUCAGUGUUCCCCCGACAAAACUUUUGAUAUCGAGAUCGACGCCCCAAAUGAGAAGCUUCCAACCCAAGAUAUUCACACCAAGAAUCAGUCGAUGGCGACUGUACCAGAAGCCGAUGAAUCUCCAAAGAGGGAUGUCAAAGAUGUCGGUUUGGAUCCCAUCGUAGAUGAGUUCAAAGGUCUUUCAAACUGGCCUGCCGAGUUCAGGAGGCUCCAACGAGAGAUAGUCGAACUCUGGCAUGCUUGCAACGUCUCGUUGAUACACAGGAGUUACUUCUUCAUGCUCUUCCAAGGUGGUGAUCCUUCGGAUGCUAUAUAUAUGGAGGUGGAGAUGAGGAGGAUGAAGUUCCUUAGGGAUAAAUUCUCUCGAGGCGAGAAUACCGUCGUCAACGGACAGUGUCUGACGCUGGCUCUAAGCCUGAAGGCACUUCGCGAGGAGAGGCGAAUGCUGAGCAAGAGGAUGUCAAAGAAGCUUUCGGAGCAAGAACGCGAGAGCCUCUUCCUCAAGUGGGGCAUCGGCCUCGACACCAAGCUCAGACGCCUACAGCUCUCCUACAGGCUAUGGACCAAAACGGACGACAUGGAUCACGUUGCUGACAGCGCAUUCCUCGUGGCGAAGCUGGUCAGCUCCAUGGAACACGGUCAGACGCAUCACAAAGAGAUGUUCGGGCUUAACUUCACACCACGACGCUCCACAAGAUCCCACAAUAGCUUCAGACGGAGCCUGAUAUCGUUCCUGUGACCCGUGAGAUCGUUGUUAUCGUCGUUCUCUCUACAUUCUGAGUUGUGAUAUGAAAUUGCUGGGAAUAAGCAUUAACUGUAUAAUUUUUACCAGGCUAGAAAUGGUUGUUGGUGUAAAGUUAGUAUCUUACUAUUUGACUCAUAGAAAGAGGGCUUGAAAAUAACGGAGUAUGUAUGUAGAGCCAUUGAUGAGCUAUUAUUUUUGUAUAAAUCUCUUUUUGGUUGUAAAUUGUGUCUCCAUUUACUUAUACAUUCUUCAGGGUUCAUUUA